ACACUGCGACAAACUAUAGAUACUGCAGCUCCUGUUAAACAGGUACUUUGUGAACCUGUAUUUCCAACUUAUAAGCGACAGAACCCUCCAUCAUGUCUCAGAGGGAGCUGAAGGAGGCGUUUGUCAGUAAUCUCAAUGGGACCAGUCUGCAGGAGGUGACUCUGGGCUCAUUUCUCUCACCCUUGUGUCUCAUCAACAGAGGUCUGAUUUUGAUCCUCUACCAUCAGACCAGAAGGGCCCUCCCACUGCCACUUCCACUCCUCUCUCACCUGAUUCUAGACUUUUCUGUGCUAAUCCUUCCCCUCGUCCUGUCAUGCACCAUCCUGAGCGGCAUUCUUCACCUGGUCAUCGGGGGUUGCUUGUUUGUUUCAGUUUGUGUGCUUUGCUACAUCUACUGCACUGACAGUCACGCUUCCAAUCGACACCCGAAGACCACUGUCAGCACCUUCCUGCAGCUUCAUGUUCAGUCCAACCAGGUUCCUUUUGUGACCAUCUUUAGAGUGAUGGUAAAUUUGAAAACAGCCAUCAGCAUUCUCGCUGUAGACUUUAGCGUCUUCCCAAGGCGCUAUGCUAAAACAGAAACCUAUGGGACAGGGGUUAUGGACUUUGGUGUCGGAGCGUAUGUCUUUGCAAAUGCCCUCGUCUGUCCACAGGCACGGGGAAAGACCAUGUCUGGAUCCAAGAUCAAUCAUGUCACAAAGCAACUCAUGUCCGUCUGGCCCCUGGUUGCUCUUGGUAUGGGAAGGCUGGUAAGCUUGAAAAUGAGCAGCUACCAAGAGCAUGUGACAGAAUAUGGUGUCCACUGGAAUUUCUUCUUCACACUCGCCAUCGUCAGAGUUUUGGCUUCUUUGAUUUUGGCCGUUUUACCAGUCAAUCAGUCGUUGGUGUUUUCCCUUCUGCUCAGCGGACUUUAUCAGCUCAUUCUGGAGACAUCAGGGCUGAAAGCGUUCAUUAUCCACAACAAUGACAGAGAUAAGGGCUUUCUGUACGCCAACAAGGAGGGCAUAUUCUCUGUGGUGGGCUAUGUAGCCAUCUACAUGGCAGGGGUUCAAAUUGGACGUUAUGUGAUGCAGCCGAGAUCCCAAGUUAAAGAGUGGGUCAGAGCACUUCUAAACCUCUUAUUUGGUAGUGUUGUGCUGUACACUGCUUUGUACACAUGUCAGACACUGGUGGAGCCAGUGUCUCGUCGCUUAGCUAAUUUAUCUUUCUAUCUCUGGAGUGUUGCACAGUCUUUGUUCUUUAUGUCCUGCCUCGGUCUUGCCGAUCUGGUUAUACUGUUUUCCAAAGGCAUAUCAGGCUGUCGCUUUCUACCCUCAUCAUGGAAUUUGUAUAAAAAACAAUCAGAUUCAGCCUCUGACAAAAACAGGGGUGAAGUUGAAAGAUUUUGCAUUGUUCAAGCCAUCAGCAGGAAUCAGUUGCUAUUUUUCUUAAUUGCAAAUAUCAUGACAGGCCUGACCAACUCGCUAGUGGACACACUUACCUGUAGCCAUUCAUUUUCAGUGUGUGUUUUGUUGAUGUACAUGUUCAUGAAUUGCUUUGUGAUAUAUGUUCUACAUUACCGUGGAAUAACGGUGAAAUUCUGGUAAAUCACAUUUGCAAAAUGAAACGGUUCAUUUGUAAGUUUUGAUAUUAUUUGCAAAGCUGAAGAUACUGUUGUGCAUUAUCUGUCUAUUUAUACAAAUAUGUUUUGGAUCAAAUCUGAAUAAGUGAUGAUUUGAAACUAUUUCCCACAUGCUUUGUAUUUGUUGAUGUUUAGAAAAACGGUGAGUAAUUGCUCCCUAACCCACAAAUAAUAGCUAUGGCUCAAAUAUAUGAGAUAAUAUACAGCAACUGAAAAGUGGGAAUUAUUAAAGAUCAUGUAUCAAACAAACUGUAUUUAUUCAUCUUAGCCAUAUUUGCAUUUAAAACUGAGAUGUGACACAUUCCAGAAAUUAUUAUGCCUAUUCUGUUGUUACAACUGUUUGUCAGCUGGUCAAAAUUUUUAAUGUUAGGACAUGUCGUUUUGCUCUGCAUGCUCUGCCAUGGGUUGUCGUAGGGAUCAUGGUAGUAGACCUUGUAACCCAGGCCAGUGACCCAGCCCUAAUCCUAACCCCGAGCUACUGUCCCAGAUCCCCUUUUUUCUUGAUUCCUACUGAUGUACAUUACUGGUGACAAUACAACACCAUUCAGAGUGUAAAAUGAAUGCUGCACUGUCUUACUUCACUAUUUUUUAUGAAAUUUUCAUUUAGUACAUUUGUGUCCUUUUGCACAUUAUCUUUAUAACGUAGGGUUGUAAUACUGUAUUGUGUCAUAUUAUUACAUAUAUAGGCCUCUGAAUGUAAUAUAUAUAUAUAUAUACAUACACACAUCUGUAUACUAGUAUAUUAAUGUGAUCUACUGUUAUUUUGUAUACUAUGACGAAAAUAUAUAUUAUGUGUGUAUAUAUAAUAAUAUUGUAUAUUCAUACUGUAUACCAUACCUGCCUAUACAACAUUCUCUUUAUCUCUCACUCUAUGUAUAUGUGUGUGUGUGUGUGUGUUUGUUUCAAUAUCAUCCUGUGCCACUCAAGUACGUUUCUCUACCAGUAAUAUUUCUCUGUGGUGAAAAGUUUUUAUUAUGUACAGAGUCUAUGCAUCUUUAUUGGAUGUUUUAUUUUUAUUCGAUUGCCCUUUGAUUCCCUUGUCUGUCUCAUUCUCACAAUCUGUUGCCGUAGCAACUGAAUUUAUCUUAUCGUGUUUCUAUCUUAUUGUUUGUCUCUGUCAAGGACGUCUUAAGAAU